CAAAACAUUGGAGUGACGUUUACAAAUUUUUAUCGGUGUCGUAAAUUUACGAAAAAAUUCGCCACGCAGCAUGGGAGAUCCACCAACUUUGGAUAUGGACUCCAAGAAACCCAGUCCCGAAGAGGAGGUCUCAUCUUCCUCGGACCGGCGACCUUUCGGGGGCUUGGAGUUCCAAGUUUCUGAAGUAGUUGGGAGGCUAGAAGCUGUAGUGAACGCCCAAGAUGCCGUAGAAGAGGAGAAAAAGCCAGAGGCGCGUAAAAUAAGUACUGGUUUCUUUGAGCCAGACGAAAUGCCAAUGGACGAGAUUUUGAAGGUUUUAGAAGACCUGGUCAUGAAAACUGACCCUAGUUGUGAGAGCAUGGAGCCACCCUUGCUGCCGACAGAUGCUGUGACCCGAGCGGCGAUUCUUUCCCAUAGUAUUUCUGCUUUGUUCGCAAGAUUAGAGCGGGGCCAUGCAUCCAGACUCGGAGCUCACAUAGCUAGUGAAACUACGCGGUGGAUGUCGCAUAUGUUCAGGUUGGCAGAAUAUAGUGCAUACUACCACCAAGAACAGUUAGAAGGCCUAGUCCGUGUCACAAGGAUGUUACUACAUCACAGAUACCCAAGAUAUUUGGAAGAUGGAGCGUUAGCGUUCGCCAACCGUCUCCCCUCCAUAUACAGCUGUGUGGCGAGUCCAUUAGGCGUGGUACAGCAUCUGUGUCGGCAGCUCGGUCUGCCGCUCGCCUGUGUUAGACCCGUGCCCGUUGAUGCUUCAGGCAAAAGUAUGGACCUAGAAGCAUUAGAUCGUUUGUGCGAAGAGGACAUCGCAGCUAAUCGCACCCCCCUGCUUGUGCUGGGGGAAGUGGGAGGGCCGCCACUAGGCUGGGGUACACCGCUCGCGUCCCUUGCAGCGUUAUGUAACAAACGAAAUGUGCAUCUACAUGUCCGGGGUCAUGCUUUAGCCCUGCCUGCCGUGAUGCCAAGAGAACAGACAUAUAGCAUAGCAGACUCACUCACAUUAACGCCUGGUCCAUGGUUUGGUGUACCGGGUUUACCCACUGUUACAUUUUAUAGGAUACCGGAACCUAUCACUGCCAACGAUCAUUCCAAAGGAGUAAAUCCGGCUGGUAGUCGAGAAGGCGCUUUAGCUGCACUAGCCGGUUUAACUGCCGGCUCGGCUAGGCUAGCCGCGUUGCCGCUGUGGACAUGCGCGCGCGCCGCCGGUGCUAAGAGACUAGCUAGGCGGAUCGACGCGGCCUUCCGGUCCGCCAGAGCCGCGCGGGCAUUGAUAGCUAAUGCUGACUUGCGGCUAUUGAGUGAGCGGCCAGGGGGUGACGAACCACCAAACGUGGAUUUAGUAGAAGCAAUAUCACAAGCGUCCGCCUGCGUAGCGUUUCAGUUCGCUCCAGCAAAUGUGGAAAAACCGCCACCUUACUACGACAAACUGAAUUCUUGGCUCGGGCAGGUCUUACAGAGGGAAGCUGAUAUGAUUAGUAUAGAAGUAUGUGAAACUGAGCCGCACGGCGUAGUCCUUCGCUACUGUCCCCUAGAAGGGUCUCUUCUGGAAGAGGACCGUGUAGAAGCAUGGGCGAGCGUUUUAGAAGCACAGUUACACGUGUUACACGCGACCGUGGCGCUGAGGGAGCCCUUCCAGCAGAGGGUGAAGGAACACGCGUGUUUGAGACUGGUGCACGUACCUGGAUGGGCAGGUCUAGGCGGUGUUCGAUACAUACCCCCCGGCUGGGAAGAGGCGCCGCCGGAAGAGCUCAACAAUCUAAACAAGCAGCUGGUAGAAACUCUGAGGGCGACGGACGGCGCGUUCUCUUGUGGGGACGGUGAAGACGGGAUGGCCUGUGUAAGAUUUGGCAUGGUGACUGCAGACACAGAUGUGGACGAAUUGUUGGAUCUAGUGAUAUCCGCGGGAAAAGAUGUUGAAGAAAACUCCAAGGCACUCGUCGACAUGACUGAAGUUGUCAAAAAAGGUAUAACGGCAGCCCAAGAAGAGCUAGCGCGCGAGGCGUGGCAGGAGGGGCUGUUGCGGCGGGUCCCAGUUGUGGGCCGCGUGGUGUCGUGGUGGGCUCCACCCGCGCCGCCCGCGGGCCGGCGACUGCUGCUGGCCAAUGGUAUGCUGCAGACCACUGAGGACAUCUACAGAUGCGUACAAAAGAAAGAGAAGGAAGAACCGGCGCGCGCGCAUUCACCCACGCGGCAAACGCAGCCUGAGAACCAAUAGCAUUACACCCGUGAGUCGCCCCUCACACACAUACACACGAAUCUAUUGUAUAAACGAUAAGCGACCAUUAUUGAAAAUAUUUAUGUUCUAGAAUACACUAGUAAGUCGCGUCACAAACGCAUACAUACAAAUACAUUGUAUGAAUGAUAAGCAAAAUUGUGUCAAAGUAAUGAGAUGUAUAACGGCAAACAAUAAUAUAAAAGUAGUGAAUUGUGUCACACUAGACUAAACUACUAUUAUGACUAUUUGCAAAAGUGAUAUGACAAUGAUGAAGAACUGAAGACUCCUGCUGUAUCUAAGGACACCGCUGAAGAUGAUAAUGCCUGGGUUCUGAGUGUUUCCCAAGCAAAUACGGCCACAUGGUCAGAAUGGCCCAUCAAGUCUCUCUUUGAAAUACAACUAUAGAAUAUCACAUCACUUAAAAACCGCACUGAAUGUAUAUGUGGAGCGAUUAAAUGCAGAAAAUAUUUAUUUUAUAAGCGACCUUAUUGCAAAAUUAUAAGGUCUAUAAUAGCACACAGCUGCAUUACAGUGGUGAGUCGCAUCACACUCGCAUACAUAGGGAAUACAUUGUAUAAAUGAUAAGCUUCCUUAUUGAAAAGGAAUAAGGUCUGGAAAAACAACCAAUGGCAUUACAAUAUUUUACAACUAUAAGUCGCGUCACACACGCAUAUAUAGGAAUACAUUGUAUAAAUGAUAAGCAAUCUUAUGGCUUUAGUGUUAAGGUUUAGAACAGCAAAAUUCAAAUGCAUAAUAAACAUCACUAGUUCAUCACUGAGUCUCCUCUCAGUACACGCCCAAAUCGCUGGAAUAAACGAUAAGCAACCUUAUUUGAAAGUAAUAUGGUCUAGAAUAGCAAAACAAAAAGAAGGAAACAAAAAAAAGGACACCAAUAAAUACCAUUAAACUAGGGAGUCACCUCAAAUGCAUACAAAUGAUUAUAAUGUAUAAACAACCUUAUUGUAAGAAGUUAAGGUCUAGAAUGUAUUAAUACUUAUGUAUAUACGUAUUUAUGUAAGAAAAACAUUAGGCAUUGCUUAUAGGCACAAGAAAUUAUUGUGUAAACGAUUGAAAAUCGACCUUAUGUGAUAAGUUCUAAGAUACCUAAUAAAUAAUCUUUGGAACUCAUUUAAAAAUAGAAAGUGGAAUAACUUACUUGUAAAAAAAGUAGGUACAGUACGACCACUUUUAUAAGUCGCAUCGGCAAAAUUCGUUUGUGCCGAAAAGCGCAACCUAAUGCCGACGAAAACCAAAUAUACACCAAUGAAAUAUAGACCUUAUUGCUUGACGUUAAGAUUUUAAACACAA